UAUGUAACAAACAGAUGUAAACAUAAUUUUUAAGAAAAGGAUAUUUCGUUAUAGAAGGAAUCUCCAAGAGAUAAAACAGAAAGAUUAGGAAGUACAUAAGUUGUUGCUUUGAGAUCAAUAAAAAAAGCUGUAAAGUAAAGAAAAAUAAUCAUAAAAGACUACAAGACUUGAGUAUUAUUUUAGGUUCUAUAAAUAAUUACAAUGGUUCGCCAUAAUAUUAAAAUGAAAGCGUAAAAGUCUCUCAAUAACAUAGUUUUUAUUUUUAGUGAGGGAAGAAAGAGAAGUACAUUAGAAAUUAGGAGAAAUAAGAAAAGAAUAUGAUACUUAUCGUACAAAAUCUUUAAAAGUUGAUAAAGAGAUUUAGCAAUACAAAGUAAAUUAUGAUUCUCAAAAUAUAGGAUUAGAUAUAAAAAUUAAGUUUAGAAGAAGCUGAAUUAAUAAACAAUUCCACAGGAUUAACAAAAGAAUUAGAAACAUCAAAAAGUGAUUACAUAUUAACAAAAUAAAGAUUUGAAGAAAGUUAAAUGAAUGAAAAAUCUUAUAAACUUGUGAUAAAUAGAAUAAAUCAUGAUAUUCUUUGUUUUAGGCAAAAGUUUAACGAAAUGGUAUAAGUUUUGGAAAGAAAAAAAGCAGAAAUCCAAUAAGCUGAUUCAAAAUAAUGGGAGUCUAUUUAACUUAAUUAAAUGACAAGAAAGUUAUGUGAUGAAAUGAUGAACGUAUAUCAUAUAAUAGAAAUUUAUAGAAUAUUGAGAUUGAAAAAAAUAAUAGAAAACGAUAAAUAGCCUAAUAUAAUUAACAAAUAAAAGCAUAAUUGGCUGCUAAAGAAAAAAGAGAUGAAAGAAUGAUGAAAUAAAGAUAAAUAGCAGAAGAUGCUAGUAAUGAUAAAGAUGUUAAUGAAGUAAAUAUAAUAUAACAUUAUUUUAGAAAAAAUGGAGAAAACUAUUAUUAGCUCAUAAAGUUGUACAUUCUAUUCUCAAGAAUAAAAUGCAAAAAGAAAUGAAAAAAUUUGAAAUUGUUGAAGAAGCAUUUUAAGAGAUAAAAACAGCAACAGGAAUAUAAGAAGCUUAAGAAGUUGUUUAAAAAUUUUUAACUAAAGAAUCUACAUAUGGUUAAUUAUUAGGAACUAUUGCUGAAAGUGAAAAAAAGAUAGAUCAUUUAAAAAGAAAAAACGAAAAUUUAAAGUAUUUUCAGAUUUAAAUUUAGAAAUAAAUUAUAAUAGUUAAAAGAUGAAGUAUAGGUUAUGGAAAUGACUGCUAAACCUACCAAAAAAGGAGUAGAUUCAGAAUUUUACAAAUAGUUUUAUAAUAUUGAUGAAAAAGCAAAAAAAGCAGAAAUCAUGAAACAAAAACUUUAUACAUGGAGUAUUAAAAUGCUAACCUAAAUGGAAAAAUCUCAAUUUAUUUAAACGGAUCAUCGAACUAAUUUUCACACUAUAUAUCCAAGAGGCAAGGAUAUAGAAUUAUUUGAGCAUUUAUAAAAAAUAAUUGUUGAAGAUCUUGAUUCCUCAAAACCAGAAGUUUUAUAUUAAUUAUAUUCUAUAGGACAUAUUAAAUGUUUUAGCAAAAGUUAAUAGAUCUAAUAUUAGAGAUGAUACAUUAAGUGAAUAAUACCGAGAAAAGAAUGUUAGAGUCAAAUAUUUUAAAUUAUCAUUAAGAGAAAAUAUUAAAAAAAUUAAAUCUAUAGAUUCUCAAGCUGAUUUAAGUAAUAGAAGCUAUAGUCAUUUUGGUUAAUCAAGUGAAUCCAGCCCUGAAUAAUCUUAUUUUGAAUAUGAGUCAGACGAUAAUAGUAUUGAUGAGAAUGGUGAAAAAAAACACUUUAAUAAUUUAAUCAGUGAAACUAAAAAAUAAUUAAAAUCCAAUAAAAAAGAUGAAGUUUCAGAUGGAAAAUACUGA